ACAUUUGCAUUUAUCACAAUGCGGUAACAAUAACAGUUUCCAUGUCAGGAUUCAGAUUCUUUGAAUAUAAGAAGGUCCUGUGCCCACAAGGAGAAUUAAACUGUUUUCAAAUGUAUAUUCACAGAAGAUCUUGAUGAGAGGAAAAUUAUCGGAUCAAUCUUUUUUUUCGACCAUUCAGCGUUAUUGUGAGCGUGCCUUCACAACAACCGGAUACCAAUAUUAGUAUCACGGGGAUUAUCUGGCGCACAUUGAAGACAUGUUACAUCUGGGAGGGGCGUCAUUGCUGUGACGGUGUCGAGUCCGAUCGCUGUGUAAAAUACAGGGUUUUCAUCCGGUGCAAAAGGGAAAGCUUUCUCCUCUCUGAAAGCAGGUCUGCUGAGAUGCGCAGGGCUUCGACAUAGCGGAGGUCGCAAGGCUGCUGCUGAAUUACAAUUGGGAUACAUAGCCACCAUGAACGAGGGGCUCUCCUGUGUUUUUCGAAUUAUCACACGUUCAAUCAAUUGAACCUUUUCCUGAGGAGGAUUGCUUUCCCGUGGUCCCACACAGGAAUGUUUUUUCUCGUCUUGGUUUUGCUACAGAGGACCAUGGAGACCUCCGAUGGCAUCGGUCAUGCUCUGUGGCUUCUCUCCGGAAUGUGAUGCUGUCUCGAGUUGCUGUCCCUGUACAUCUGCACACAUCUGUACACCAGAUGUUUAAGCUGUUAGAGCUUAACUUCAACCGGUUUAAGCUGUAGACACCUGGACAGAGGUGCAGCGGCUCCCCCUGAUGGUACCUGGAGUAAUCUGAUCUAGGAGACAUCCAUGCUUCUCUACUGCUGAUUUGCAAGAAAUGCAACCACCAUUGACUCUCCAGCUCAAGAAAACAGAUGGCUGAUACUGCAAGGUUGGGGCGCAGCUGGAGGUGUGAGUUGUAAAGUUCCCGUAUUGACAUCACAUGGAGGUCAAAGGACAUCUGAUCACAUCCAUGGGUUUGGGGGCUCCUGAUGUUCAAGGCUGCCAGGACAGCAAGCUGCAAGCUGAGAGGAUUGCAGCUCUCCAAGAGAGGAAGCAGGCCCUAGAGGCUCUGCUCAACACCAGAGUGGGAGAACUCAAACAAGUCUGCCUGCAGGAAGCAGAGCUGACUGGUAAGUUGCCACGUACAUUCCCCCUGGAGACGGGAGAGAAACCCCCACUGGUGCAGCGCAGAACUGGCCUGCCGCCCAACACCAAGGCAGAGGAUGAGGCUGCCCAAAAGAAACAGAUGAAAGCCAUCUUCACGGGUGCUCUGUACAGACACUCAGAAUCAGACCGAAAUGUACCAAAUAGUAAAAGAACAGUUCAUCGGGGCUGUCACACAGAAGAUACUGUCAUGUCAGAGAGUACAAGCUCCAUGUCAGAUUCCACAUCCCACGACAAUGAAUCAUCUCCAAGUGUGGCCGCUGACCAACGCUCUCUAUCCCAGCCUCGGCUCACUGUGGGCAGCCCUGACCACAGGAUCAGCAGGAAGCUGUCUCCAGUCGAGAUUUACUACGAGAUGAGGACACGCCGCAACUCCGUCACAAGUUCUGUCAGCCCAACUCACUCUUUGCCCAGAAGUGCAUCUAACGUUGAAGGUAGAAGUGUCCCAGCUACUCCUCUUUUGGCCCGAACUGCUCCAAUCAGUGUUCAUGUCAGGUCUGAUGCAGCAGGUGGGAAUGGGUUAAAGCAGUGGUCGGGUAGCCUCGAUGUGCCCUAUAUGAUUCCACUGGCCCAGGAGGGUUCUUCUUCUGACCGCCGAAGUUGCCCGUACAGCUCCCGUGCCAGGCGCAGUAACAGCUCCGAAGCCCUGCUAGAUAGAUCAAGCCUUCCUGAUGACCCAGCUCCCAGAAACGGCAUGCCCCCUAAAGGAGGGCCCUACAAGAGUUCAGAGACACUGACUGAUGGGAAAUUGCGACAAAUCCACCUGGGCAGCCCUGAGAGACAUGUGGGUGGCUCGGUGGAACAGGCCAAACUGCGUCUAUCCAUGGGCGGCAGAGGGGCUGGUGGAGGCUACAAUGAGAUACUAAUGGACUACAUUUGGGGGAAGCAGCAGAGGAUGCAAGUUCAGAACCAUCUUUAUCAGUCCACAGGCAGGAUCUGGCAGGACGCGCCAUCUCCUCGCUCCUCCACUGCUGCUGUGCCUCCCCAUGCCAACGGCUUCUCUCAUUCCCAGGUGCAUCUACCAAGCGCUGCGACUCCCUACAGCCCCAUGGUCCUACGAGGGUCCCAAGCAGAGCUACGCAGGGUCAAAGUGACCAGAACCAAAUCUUGUGGACCUUUUAUUCCUUUGCAGCAACACACCCAGGAUGGCAUUCUGCUGUCAGCCUACGAGUCUCCUCUUCCUGCCUCAGGCACCACCACAUCCUCCAUCCCUAACCUCCAUCCUUAUCAGACUGAGCUGUCUGGCCCCUCAUUCAGCCGCAGACCCCCACAGUUCUCUCUUCCCACCCCAGAAGACUCAACGAGAAGCUUGCAUAAAGCGCUGGCUCUGGAGGGUUUGAGAGACUGGUACCUGAGGAAUGCCCUUGGAUAUCCUCCUGCAGCCACAAAGGGUCAGGAGGCAGGAAUCUCUCGCCUCUCACACCCCCAUCCACUGGUGCACCAGGCCCAGUCAGUUCAAGGGGAAGGCACCAACCUCCACAGAUCUCAAAUACCCCAGUCAGCCAGCUUCCAUGGUCACCCGCUGCAUGGAAGGUCGAUGGAGUUCUCUCUCUAUCAGGAGACUCCUCAUCCACAGAUGCAAGAAGUGACCCCAAAGGAACCCAGUGCGGACCCAGGCACCCUAGUCUGAUGCAGCAGAACACACACACACACACACACACACACACACACACACACACACACACACACACACACACACACACACACACACACACACACAUAAGUGAAAACACUGUAGCCUCUCACACAUAGUGUCUCAGACUCACAUAGUCCGACACAUGUAGACAAGCCGAUACAAUGUGACCUCAACAGCGAAGCGAAACAUGGCAACCUCAGCAGAAAAAGACUGAAACACGAUGACAAACUGUAGCUGUACAGUGAGAAAAAAAGCCUUGGCAAGUUCCCUGUGUUACAACAGAUCCUACCAGUAUGUGAACCUCUAACCCGGUGUUCUCAUGGAUGUGCACUGGAGCUGACUUAUCUAACCUCAGUAUGGUCAUACUGUAUGUGGUUCAACAUGAGCAGGAAACCCCUGAGAAGUCUAUCAAGAUAUACUUUUUUACAGAAUAUAUUCAACUCCAAAUCACUAUUUUGUAUCUUAUGAGAUAUAAAGAACAGUUAUAUUCAAGAGGUAAUUUAUUGCUCAUUAUUGGUGACAAACAAAGAUGUUAUAUGAGCUAACAUCAUUUUAAAAGUAUUACCACAUGCUGUUGAAUGUUUGUUUGUUAACUAUAUAAACCGCAAAAAACAUGCUUCAGUCUUCAUCUGAUGUUAAUUUCACAGCCAUUCGUAUUGUUCAUGAUUGAUAAAUGAAAUGGGGGCCAUGAACCGUAGCAUACUGGAGUAGCAGACAGGAGUGCCUAAAAUGUGUGAAUAUCGAAACUGAACCCUGGUUAGAAAACUUUAAAGUGCUUUCUAGUGAUCUGAAAUACUAGCACUAAGCCUCUGUGAGCUUAGUCUAAUCAAAAACUGAAAGCAGGUCACGAUGUCACUAAAUUAGGGUAUGUGGAAUGAUGUCAUGUACGUAUAUCUAAUGACUUUUCAGUUUGUUUUCUAGAUGCAGCUGGUGCUAGCUAACAAAUAUAGCUUUGUCUGAUCUGACCUUGACAGAAACUUUAGACCAGUUUUAGGAAAAAAACGAGGGCUAUUUGGAGACCUACUGUAUAGCAGUAGCAUGACUGUGUGACAGUAAUCUAAUGAUAUCUAGUCUUUUUUUCUGCAUUUAGUUGUAGAGGAUUUGAGUGUCAUAUGGAGCACUUUAUGAACAUCUUAAGCCUUAAAUCCCCAUGAAAUUGUCACUAGGAGAGAUGACAGAAAUGAGGAAGAUUUUGACAGGGUUUGCAAUCUGGAAAUGUUUGAAAUAUGGGUUUUGUCGACAUCUGCUGAAGGUCUACCUGAGUUUUAGUCUGUAUAUAGCGUGGGUUGUACUGAUGAGUUUCUAGCUGAUAUUUUAUUCCUGAACUACUAACAGUAUAAUUUUUGGACUAACCACACAAUAUGUAAUCAGAAUAACCUCCCGAAUUCAUUUCACCCCUAAAGGAGCACUAUGUGAUUAGUUGUAUAAUGUGAGGCUGGUGGUGUGAACAGAAUAGGGCUGCUGCAGUUUUGAAUGACGGUGUGAGCAGGUCUCACACCAGUAGAUUUGUUAAUAAGAAUUCAUGCUUUCGGAAUUUUGUAUUUGUAAUGAUUUUAACUCAUGUUUGCUUGGUCUUGUGUUUUUUGAAAAGAAAAAAAACGUUUGAAAAUCCAGGGUAGUUAUGUGUCAUGAUCUAUUUCUUAGUUUGUAUCAGAUGUAGUAGAAUUAUCUGAUAUGAACCCCACAGAAAUGAGAAUUACAAUGAAAAUCCUCAAGAAAAAUGACAUUAUCUGUCUUCAUGUACAUUUUUGUUCAUUUUGUGUACUCAAUCUUUGGCCAUCUUGAGACUCAUAUGAAUGUAAUUAUUUUCUCUUCUCAUAAGUGAUGUUUUAUUUCUACUCUGUCACAAAGUGUAGCAAACUGUGGAAUGUUUACCUGGUUUCUUUUGCGGUCAGAUGUGUUCACAUCCUCUCAGUAUCCUGCUCCAUGCAGCCUCUUCCAGCUGGUUAAUUCCUGAAAUCUAAGACCAAACUGCUGUGCACUGGGGGUCAUAAAUGUAUUUUUCAUAUAAUGUACUCUGUGAUGAACUCUCAGUUGAAAAUAAAUGAUAUAAAUUUAGCUCUGAAGCAAAUUUAUUCAAACUAUAUUAUAUUUAUGAACAUAUAACCUUUUGUAGCUAUCCAGUGUAGCAUUCAUCAGUGUGAGAAACUGUGUGUUUAAAACAUUUCAUUCAGCAGUGUGAUGUGCUAAUAUUUGAUUCUUUUUUCAUUAGAUAUUUAAGUGCAGCUGUUUUCUCUAUUCCUCCUCUCUUUAUAACAAGGCCUAUGACUUAAGACUAAAUGUGGCCUGCUCUAUACUGUAUGUAUGAGACUGUGCAUUCAUUCUACUUAAUAAAGUGUCAUGUUGAGAUCAA